UUGGGACUUCUUUGUUUUUGAGUUUGUUCCCUUAUUCUUUUUAGGUAAAAAUCAUAUUUUCACUUAAUUUCUUUGAUCUCUGUAGGAUUCACUGAUGAAGUCAGGAGGUGGGCAAGAUUCUGUGGAAGAAGCAUCUCAGAAUGGCAGCUCUGCACGUGGUCCUCAAAAUGGUGGGCCAAAUAAUACAUCUCAUACAAUAGUUAAUCAAACAAUGUCUGUUGUGCCAAUAUCAUCUGUUGGUGGUGUUGCAGCCAUUCCUGGUCCCACAACAAACUUGCAUAUUGGAAUGGAUUAUUGGGGUGGUCCAGUUGCAUCUGCUGCAAUUUGUGGUAAUGUUCCUUCUACUCUGGUGGCAGGAGGGAUUGUUGCUGCUGGAUCACGGGACAAUGUUCAAUCACAACUUUGGUUACAGGAUGAAAGAGAGGUUAAAAGACAGAGAAGGAAGCAGUCAAACAGAGAGUCUGCUCGCAAAUCCAGGUUGCGUAAACAGGCGGAAUGUGAUGAGCUGGCUAAGCAUGCUGAAGCCUUAAAAGAGGAGAAUGCCAAUCUUAGAUCAGAAGUAAGUCGGAUUAGGAGCGAGCAUGAGCUACUGCUUGCAGAAAAUGUCUCUCUGAAGGUGAGACUAGGGGAACUUUCCGGACAAGAAGAUCUCAAGUAUGGCAAGAAAGACCAGCACUUGAGCAACAAUGACGGACAGGCAGAGGUUGUGGAGGGUAGUAGUAGUCAGUAGCAUUUUCCAUAUAUCCUGUCUCAUGCCCUGUUGUUGUCCGGGACCAGGAGCAUAAUCUAACCGCAGGAAAAUUUUCCUGUUCUGCAUGGCAUGUGUUGAUUUUAUCUAAGCUGACGUUGAUAGUGUUAGGAUUCAAUUCCCAUAUCAUCAUUGAUUUGGCCAAUGUUUUUCCGUUGGAAGCCCUUGGGGAAAUUUAUGUACACUGAACUGAAAUUAGUCGUGUCAUACCCUUCUCUCUUUAAAGGAGGAGGUGUAUCCUGUUUGUACAAAUUUCAUAAAAGCUUAU